UUAUUUGAAUGCUGACACUUUGGACUUUUACAAAUUAUUUUUGCUACUUCUACCACUGGAUAACACUGACUAUAAAGUGUGUACAGGUUAAUUUCUCUUCCAUCCUAAGCUUCGUCUUUCCUCUGUCUUACUGCACCCCCUCUCUGUCUCAGCGCCCUCUGCUGGGUAAACUUCGUAUGCAGUGUGCAGAGGUCCUGGAGUCUCGUGGCAUGUCAGUCCGAGACCCCUCAGCAUUCCACUUCCUGUGGGUUGUGGACUUCCCUCUCUUCUUGCCCAAAGAGGAGGAUCCGGAUAAGCUGGAGUCAGCCCAUCAUCCGUUUACUGCUCCGCUUCCAGAGGACAUACACCUCCUCUACACAGAGCCACACAAGGUGCGCGGUCAGCACUAUGACCUGGUGUUGAACGGCUGUGAGAUCGGAGGAGGCUCCAUCCGCAUCCACAAGGCCUCAGAGCAGCUUCAUGUCCUGAAAAGUAUCCUCCAGGAGGACCCCAGUCUCCUCUCUCACCUGUUGGAGGCUCUGGACUCAGGAGCACCACCACAUGGAGGCAUUGCUUUGGGUGAGUUAACUCUGC